UUCACAUCCCAAAGCCAUGGAGCCAUGGAGCCAUGAAGCCAUGAAGCCCACAGACUGUAGCGGAGCCUGGUCCAUGUCGUCAACAGCAUCUUUGUUGGCUGUGAUGCAGUGGAACCAUGGUGACUUCAGAUCUGAUAAAAUAGUUCUGAUCAAAAUCUCAUCCUGAGGGCAAUUCAAUAACAGGCGUUGGAAAAUGAGAGUCUAAUGAGACCAGGUCUCUGUUGGUCUCUGCCAGUCUCAUGACCUUGGCGUGGAGAAUGCGUUUACUGCUCCAAUCUUUGGGAAAUCACAAACGCUGAAUGGUCAUGUGUUGGACGUCAGUGUCUAACCUUCAAACUGUAUUCUCCUUUUCAAUCACUCUUCCUCGCUGCUCUGUCUGGAGGACAGCUUUCUUCCUUCUUGUCUUAUCUCCUUCUUCUCUCUCUCUUCUCACUGUUGUAUAGUUAGUGCAAUGCUCUCCUCUGCUAUGUGGUGGCUGCUGGGUUUGUUGAGCUGCGUGCUGCUGGUGGCCGUCGUCUUCUUCCUGACCAGUCGACGUUACAAGGUAUUUAGCGAGCGGUGCCUGCGGCCUCCGGGGCCCUUGGUCAUCGACAGCAAACAGAGGGAUGAGCGGCUGAAGAAAGGUUUCCGUUCAGACCGCGUUCCCCCGGCUCUGGAUGCCGUGGUGAUUGGCAGUGGUGUGGGAGGUUUGACGGCAGCGGCGCUUUUGGCCAAAGCUGGAAAGAAGGUUUUAGUUCUGGAGCAACAUGAUCAGGCUGGAGGCUGCACGCACACCUUCCAGAAUAAGGGAUUUGAGUUUGACGUGGGUAUCCAUUACCUGGGCCAGCUUCAUGAGAACAGUCUGCUCAGGAUCACUCUGGAUCAGAUCACAGAUGGACAGCUGCAGUUUGCACGACUGGGGAAACACUUUGACACGCUGAUCCUGGGUCAGGCUGACCAGCGCAGGGAGUAUCACAUCCACGCAGGGAAGACAGAGAUGGCAGCGAGCUUAAAGAAGCAGUUUCCAGGAGAGGAGAAGGCCAUUGAUGAGUUCAUGAGAUUAAUGAAGCUAGCUUCACAGAGGACAGCACUUAUCGCCAUUUUGAAGAUGAUUCCCUACUGGCUGGUUAUCUUCUUGGUCCGUACAGGCCUGUUAGCACACAUCUCAUCAGUGUUCCGCCUGGCGACAACCAGUCAUUCAGAAUUAAUGUCCCGCCUCACGCAGAACAAGGACCUGCAGGCGCUGUCUGCCUACCUGUUCUAUGGUGUCCCUCCUAAAGAGUCCAGCUUCCUCAUCAACGCUCUCCUCCUUCACCACUACAAACGUGGGGCAUAUUACCCAAGAGGGGGCGCCAGUGAGAUUGCCUUCCACAUCAUCCCCGUCAUACAGCAAGCAGGGGGUGCAGUGCUGGUCCGAGCGCCAGUACAACGCAUCCUGCUCAACCAGCAAGGGAAGACCUACGGUGUGACCGUGUUAAAAGGCCAAGAAGAGAUCGAGGUCCGUGCCCCUGUUGUCAUCUCCAACGCUGGCAUCUUCAACACCUACCAGAAGUUUCUUCCUCAGCAUGUGCAAGAAAAACCAGAGAUGCAGUCACUGUUGGGGAGGGUACGUCACGGUAUGGGUUCCUUCUUGGUCUUUGUGGGUCUGGAUGGAACCAAAGAGGAGCUUGGCAUCGUCUCCACCAACUUCUGGAUGUAUAAAGACAAUGACCUGGAUUCACUGAUGGAGCGAUACUCUUCCUUGACCAGAGAUCAGGUCUUAGGGAACAUUCCCAUGAUGUUCAUCACCUUUCCAUCUGCUAAAGAUCCCACAGCCAACAUCAGACACCCAGGUAAAUCUUGUAUGACUUUACUAACCAUGGCUCGCUAUGAGUGGUUUGAGGAAUGGGAGGGGACGAAGCUUGGCAGAAGGGGACAGGACUACCUGGACAUGAAAAACAGCAUGGCCCAGGAGCUGCUGGACUGGGCACUAACCAUUUUCCCACAACUUCGAGACAAGGUGGUGAUGGUGGACGCUGCCACCCCUCUGACAAAUGUCCACUAUUUGGGAGCUCCAAGAGGCGAGAUGUACGGCGCCGAGCAUAACCUGGAGCGCUUCACCCCAGAAACGGUUGCCAAGACGCGAGCGCAGACACCGGUCGACGGAUUGUACCUCACAGGUCAGGAUGUGUUCUGUAACGGCCUGGCUGGAGCCGUGCAUGGAGGACUGCUCUGCGCUUCUGCUGUCCUCAAUCAGAUCCUGUACAUCGACCUCCUGGCCAUGAAGAACCAGCUGAAGCGCCAACACACCAAUGAUAAGCUGUUCUAGCAGCGACGCGGCUGCUGUGCGUGUGCGUGUACGUGUGCGUGUGCGUGUAACCCACCAUCUUUCAUGCACUGUAAAGUCAGCCAUCCAGACACUAGCUGAAGCCGCUCUCAUGGAGCAAAUAAAUCUAUUAGAAUUUAAAAUGAUUGACAAAUUAAUUCAGGCUGAAAUGAUUCCUCAAACAAAUUAGGAUCUUGAUUUUUAGUAUGACAGGUGUAGUUUAUUAAAGAUUAUUGUUUCACUAAGUAUGACUGUGCUUUAGGAGAAUAUAAAAAUAUAGACAAAGUGAGGGUAGGGUGAGUAUUUUGGGGGAACUUCACAAAGGUGGACACAUGCAUGACACACUUCAAAUGGACAAAAGUAUCAACAAUCUUACAUGAAAAAGGACUCUCACUCCAGCUGAGUGAAGUUCCACUGAUUACUGUGUGAGGUGUGAAUACAGCAACUGUCUUCAGGGCAGGGACCGGCUCUGAGUCAGGGAGAAAAUGAACGUGUGAAAGUGUGGAGAACGUGAUUUAAAGAUGGAGAAACAUGAUGAAAUGACCAAAGACCAGAAAACAUUGGUGAAGAAUUAUAAUAUAAACCUAAGAAAACCAAACUAGAACUAACGACUGCUUUUAAAUCAGCUUCUGAGGGAAGAAAGUACCAACAUUUGUUGAUUAGAAAUGGAGAUGGUGUGAAAAGAGAAAUGGAAAUCAAGUGAUUUGGUUCAAACUGUCAUUAAAUGGUGGAAACUGA